UAUUUUUUUAGUUCAGUAAUUUUUUAAUUUAAUAUUUCUAUGUUGCUAUUGCAGGAGUUGCUAUGGAAUUCCUCCAGGAGAUUACCAGGAAUGCAUGGGUUCAAUACGAAUACUCCAGAAGGCUUGAAGAGAGUCUCGAUGUUCUGAAAACCGAAAUGCAAGAGUUGUGCAGCCAGCAGACCGACAUAUUUAUUGCACUGAAUGCAGCAGAGGUAGUGCAUGGAAAGAGGCCAAAGGCAGAGGUGAGUUCAUGGCUAGAAAAUGUAGAAAAGAUUAGAAGCGCAGUAACUAAGAUAGAAGAGGUUUAUGGAGAAAUAGGGAGAGAUUUCUCACUCCCACGUGUUACAUUGGGAAAGCGUGUCGUAGAGAAGAUUGAAGAGGUGGUGAAGUUUAAGGAGAAAGGUCGAUUUUCAGAAGGGUUACUUGCUGAUCUAUUACCUGAAAGUGGAAGUAUACCCACAACGAAGCUGGUGGGUAGAACGAUAGUGGAAAGAAAAUUGGAACAGAUUUGGGAGUCGUUGAUGGAUCAGGAGGUCAGAACUAUUGGUGUGUAUGGCAUGGGGGGAGUGGGCAAAACAACCAUCAUGACCCACAUCUAUAAUAAAAUACAGAGCUCUGGAAUAUUUGGCCUUGCCAUUUGGGUGACGGUGUCUAAUGAUUCUAAUAUUGAGAGACUACAAAAUGGUAUUGCACGAGAAAUAGGAUUGGACAUUUCCUAUGAAGAUGAUGAAAUGAUAAGGUCAAGGAAAUUGUUCCAAGCUUUGAAACGUAGGGGGAAGUUUGUUAUCAUCUUAGAUGAUAUGUGGAAAUCAUUUCCAUUGGAAAAGGUAGGGAUUCCUGAGGGCAAUGCAUACAAGAUAGUCUUGACUACUCGAUCAAAAAAUGUGUGCCGAGGCAUGAAGUGCCAAAAAAAAUUUGAAGUAGAGGUUCUUUCGUGGGAAGAAGCAUGGGAAUUGUUCAAGGAAAGGCUUGGGGCUGAUGUUGUGCUUUCUCCGGAAGUAGAACAGAUUGCGAAGCUUGUGACCGAAGAAUGUGGUGGUUUGCCGCUUGGAAUCAUCACAGUAGCAAGUGCAAUGAGAGAAAAGGAAGACAUUAGAGAAUGGAGAAAUGCAUUAGAGGAGUUAAAAUGCUCGACAAUGGAGAUAGAAGGCAUGGAUGAUGAAGUUUUUCCAAUAUUGAAAUUUAGUUAUGAUCGACUAAAAUCUGAGAGGAUUCGAUCUUGCUUCUUGUAUUGUGCUUUGUAUCCAGAGGACUAUGAAUUCCAUGAUGAAGAUCUGGUAAAGUAUUGGAUAGCAGAAGGAUUGAUAGAUGCUAUGGGAAACUGGGAAAAGGAACAAGACAAAGGCCACACAAUAUUGAAUGGACUGAUAGAUGUAUGUAUGUUGGUAAGGAAGUCUCCUAUUGCGGUAGUAAUGCAUGAUUUAAUCAGAGAUUUGGCCAUUGGAAUUAUAAGGAAGAGCCCCCAGUUUGUGGUCAAAGUUGGGAAGGGGAUAAGGGGAUCAAUUGGUGUAGAAGAAUUUACUGAAGAGGUUGUAAAUUUUUCAUUAAUGAGAAAUGAAAUUGAAAUUCUUUCAGGUGAUCCCAACUGCCCAAAACUCUCCACAUUGUUGCUGCAAGAGAACCCUCUCUCAGGCAACAUUUCUCAUGAGUUCUUCAAUCGCAUGAACAACCUAAGAGUUCUCGACCUCUCUAAGACUGGUAUUGAGUAUCUGCCUGAAUCAGUUUCCAACUUGGAGAACCUAUGUAUGCUCUUCCUAAAGAGUUGUAAGAGGUUAAGGGAGGUACCGUCCUUAUUAAAGCUGAAGCGUCUAAGGUUUUUGAACCUCUUUGAGACUCGCAUCAAAGAAGUGCCACAUGGGAUGGAAUGUUUGGUUAACCUCAAUGAUCUUUAUGUUUCAUCUGCUGAAGUGACAAAUAGGAUAAAUGUUAUUGGUUGUAAUUCCUUAAUGCUUCCUGAUAGUAUUAUCAAGCUGAAUCUGCGGGAUUGCAACCUGUCAAGCUUAUCCUGCCUCUCUCGUUUGCAAUACUGUAACAUCUGGAGGUGUAGCAUGAAGUGGUUGUUGCCUAUAAGAGACAACAGCACCAUAAUUAGGUCUUUGCCCUCAAUACAGUCUCUGUAUCUAACGGAUCUUACGAAUUUUAGCGGUCUGUGUGAGGGAGUCUUGAUGCCUGGCUCAUUUGCAUGCCUUAAAGUCCUGAGUGUCUGGAGAUGCAAAGUAUUGGAGAAUGUCAUGUCACUUGAAUUGUUUCAGCACCUCCAAUGCCUUGAAUCCAUCCGUAUUAUAGAUUCAAGUGAGAUGGAGGAGGUUAUAAAAGGAGGAGAAGAAGGUGAUAACAACAGCAAUAACAAUACCAUCAUCCUACUCCCUAACUUGAAGUUUUUCACUUUGAGAAAUUUAUGGAAAUUGAAAAGCGUUUGUAAGCGGAUAAUCAUUUGUCCUUCCCUGACUGAGAUUUAUAUAGCUGAUUGUCCUCUGCUGAAGAAGAUCCCUUUUUCUAUGGGCAACUCAACAUCUGUUGUGAGAGGAAGGAUUAAAGGAAGCAAAGAGUGGUGGGAUGCAUUGGAGUGGGAUGAUCCCAACACCAAAACGCUCCUCCUACCUCUUUUUCAUGAACAAACAAGUGAAGUAGAAGGACGUGGAAUGAAAAGAAAAGCAGAACAGGUAGAAGAGAUUGCGUCGACGUCACAGCACCAAUAAUAUUCCAGUUUGGCUUUCUAUGCUUUUUUAUUUAGUUAUCUAUUUCUUCUUUUAUAUUUCAAAUGUAAUAUUACUGAGAAUGUCUUCUCUUCCUCUCUCUCUAUCUUUCUCUCCCUGUAAAUGAUAACAACAGAGCUUUACCACACAAGCCUUGCUAAUGGAAUACUCACAGCACGCGUGCCAAUGUAGCACAAGUUAAUGAAAGUCUAACACACGGAUCAUCUAUAACACCUGUUUUAUAGAGAGCAUGAUACCAGAUUGCGUAUUGAGUAAGCUGUGGGGCCCACAUGUGAUUUAUAUGUCUGAUCCACACUGUUCAUCCGUUUUUUCAAAUCAUGUUAGUGUUUGAAUCCAAAAUUGAAACAUAUCCAAAGAUCAAGUGGACCUCACCACAGGAAACACCAGAGAUAAUGGCGUCCGCGCAGAACAACCAAGCUGGAUUGGACCCACCAUGGUGCACAUGUAAAAUCCCCUCCAUCCAUCCAUCAGCUGCACUUUUGAAUGUUAGGCCAUGGGGCCAAAAAUCGGUGCCAGUCAUAGGUUUUUGUAAGGCGUUACCAUGCUAUCUAUCUUUCAUCAAGCCCCUCUUCAUCCAGAACCUUUGCACCUCCUAGACACAAAUUGCUUGUGAUUCAUUCUCCUGCAACCUCAUCUAGGCACAAUGAAAAGACACGGCAUGUGUUGUACAUGUGAGUGCUCACACAGCCUUGAUUUUUUACUCCAUUUUGAAU